AAUAUACACUUUAUAGGAACCUCCUCCUAAAAUCCUGGACCGGGCAGCUCUAGAAUUUUUCCGGUGCACCAACUGCCGGUCGCAGCUCCGUCGCCGGCCGCCGCGAGCAGCCCGCCGCGUCGCUCACCGGCGAUUGAAGUCCGGCGAUCGCUCCCGAACCGGCACCUUCUUGCUUUUCGCUGCUGAGAAAUGGCGAAAGGUCUAAUAUGGGCGACGGCUGAGGAUCUUGCGAGGAACAGGGGACGGGUUCUCUCUCUUUAUCGCCAAAUCUUGCGGAGCCUGAAUUCGUCGAACCUGCCUCUUACUUUAGCUGCUAGGCUAUCCAAGAAGGCCGAGGCGAAAGCCAUCUUCAUGCUGGCUGCCGAAGAGAGAUCCCUUCACAACAUUGAAGACCUCAUAGAUGUUGCGGAGUAUUCUCUCUCCCUGUUGCAAAAAGGUGAAAUCCCCAAAUACAUACAAUAGAAAACAUGCUGCAAGUAAAUGGGACAAGUAUCGAAUGCCCGUGACGCAACUUUCUCAAGUUGUUGUCUCUGGGUGGUUAGAGGGCAAUUUAGAUAAUAGAGAAGUUGGUUCCGCUUUCUUGAAACAGCUGGAAUAGGAUGGUUGUAUUGACGUCUUGUUACUUGCUUUUAAACAUUAUUAUUAGCACGAAAAGAAGAUUCUUCA